CCGCCCCCAAGCCUCCGCCCCUUAGCCCCCGCCCCCAGCUGCCAGUCCCCAGAAGCUCAGUCUUGCAGUGAGUCUUGGAAGCCCAUAGCUAAGCACCAGGAGCUGAGUACUGCCCGCUGUGCCCUCCUGCAAGUCUCCGACAUGGCUCAGGAGAAAAUGGAGCUUGACUUUGAGCCUGACAGAUCUCAUGGGAGCACCCUGAGGAGGUCCAACAGCGCUCCUCUGAUCCACGGGCUCAGUGACCUUUCACAGGUUUUUCAACCUUACGCAUUUAAAACUCGGAGGAACAGUACAACAAUUAUGAACACUCACAGUUUGUUGCUGUCAUCUUCAACUAAUCGUAUCCCUAGUAGCAGACUGCAUCAAAUCAAAAGGGAAGAAAGCCUGGAUGUAAUGAAUAGAGAAACUGCACAUGAAAGGGAAGUGCAAACAGUAAUGCAAAUAAGCCAAUCAUGGGAUGAAAGCUUGAACCUGAGUGAUAAUGAUUUUGACAAGCCGGAGAAAUUAUAUUCUCCUAAGAAAAUUGACUUCACUCCGGUUUCCCCAGCACCUUCACCCACUAGAGGAUUUGGAAAGCAAUGCUUUUCACCAUCUUUGCAAAUGUUUGUGAGUAGCAGUGGGUUGCCAUCAAAUCCUGUUUCUAAUCCAAGACGAUUUAUAACCCGAAGAAGUCAGAGUCCAGUGAAGUGCAUUAGACCCAGUGUUCUUGGUCCUCUUAAAAGAAAAGGUGAGAUGGAGACAGAAAGCCAGCCGAAGAGACUCUUUCAGGGCACCACCAACAUGCUGUCUCCGAAUCCAGUGAAACGGUCUGAUCUCAGUUCAUGUCCGGAUAUUUUGGAUGGCAGUAGUAGCAGCAGUGGCUUAUCCUCAGACUCAGUGGCUACAGGCACCGCUCCCCCAGAAUCUCCAGUAGCAUGCUCCAAUUCAUGCUCUUCGUUCAUCUUGGAUGAUCUCUCACACAAGUGGUGUUAUCAAGGAGAAGAAAUUCCUGCCUUGACCAGAUGUGUGGAGCAUCUACAAAUGAAUGAAUAAUGUUCUUUACACAAAACCACUGUGUACAAAAGCAGGCGUCUACGGAGCUGUCAGUGUUUCUGGUGGUAUCAUGGGGCCUUAGGUGCCUUGGUAUAUUGUCAUGCUUGAAGGGAUUUAUAUCGUAAGGUUGCAUGGAAAAGGAGGCUUUAUGUGUGUGAUUGCCACAUACUGUUUUGGUUGCUGCUUUUUUUUUCUGAUUCCUUUUUGUCAUUGGAUUUGUUUGUUUUAUUGUGUGGUGAUUGGUGUUCUGGUUAUUGUGUUGCUGUCAGAGUGGUAAUCCAGUUCUUAUUCAUGCUGUGUUACAAUUUGGCAGUUUAUUAUCUACAAGGAAGCUUUUAGGAGUUGAAAAGUCAGUGUUAGUGUGCAUUCUGCUCUAAACAAGCUGUUUAAGCCGUAAACAGCAUAUAUGCUAGUAAGUGUGAGAUACCAAAUGUUAUUUAAUUUUUCCAAGAAGAAUCUCCAGAAUGAAUCCUUUAAGAAAUCUUGAGUAUAAUCUAAUGUUACGUGCUGUACUAUUUAUUUGACUAUAUAAAUGUCUGUUCUCAUAAGUUUCUUUCAAUAUUUGGAUAUUGUGGAGGAAUAUCUGUAUUUAAUGUGCACAUUUACACACUAAGAUCAUAAUAAUCCAGUUUUAAGUGAACAUAAGGAACAAAAACUACUGCACUUGUGUCUUUUGAAGGCAAAGAUCCUUCAACUUUAAAGAAAAACCAUGUGCUUUGAAGGCACUUAGAGAGACUAGUUCUAGUGAAUGGUUUGAAGGGAAACCCCUUCUCUUUCAACUAUUAGAGUACAUCACUUGGCUUGCAGUACAGUAGUUCUGUCAUGGAACCAGACAUGUUCUUUGUUUUAAAUUGUAAUGGGCACCAUAACAGCCCUCGCUAACUUUAGUUCUCGGGUUGCUUUUGCCUGUUCAAAGUGCAUAAUUGGUCAAGUUUAAUAUAAAUGUAUCUGUUAUGAAACUUGCCCGCUCGUGUGCUAUUUUAAAGAAAAAAUGUAGUGUAUCUAUUCUAUUUGUAAAAGGACCGUGCUAAGGUGUUUUUGUCCCUGUAAUAAUAGAUGGUUUUGUCUUUCAGGAGAUUUGUCUACGUUCACUCUACUAUCUUAUUUGCCUUAAAGGGACACUUGUAGAUUCCAAUUUAGGACUAUUAACAGAUAACCUUUGAAAUGUGAUUUUCUUUCAAUUUAUUUUUCAAGUUCAGUGGUGGGGUAGAACUUGGGUGAGAAAUUAAUUUCAGUGAUCUUACAUACCAGGAGGCAGGAUAAUUCACUUUGUUUAAAACGAGGUUCAUUUUUGUUUUUUAUUGUUCAAAUGGACUAGUAGCUGGACGUGGUGUUAUACACCUACAAUCCCAGAUACUCAGGAGGCUAAGGCAGGAGGAUCACAACAAGUUCAAGACUAGUUGGGCAACUUAGCAAGUCAGUGUCCCAAGGGGCUGGGGGAGUAGCAGUGUGAUAAAGCACUUGCCUAUCUUGUGGGAGGCCCUGGUUCAGUCUCCAGUACCAAAAUAAAUGAAUAUAUAAGUAAAUGGACUAGAAAGUUAAGUUUGUGCAAAGAUUGUCCUGAAGUAAGAGAUAUGCUAGCCCACAGAUGAGCUUUGUUGACAGUACCCCUUUAUUUUUAUAUAAAGUCUUAAUAUUUAAAAAGUGGUUAUUGUUAUAAAGUAAAAUUCUCUUUUCUUAUUCUAAUAUCAUAUUUCGUGUUUCUAUUUGAAAACAGAUAUGAGAAAUAAUACCUUAGGGAAAUACUACAGAUAGUGUUUUGGCUUGAUAUGUAAUCACUAUGUUUCAUAAUAGCUUUUGGAAUAACAAAGUUUUGUGAAAUGCUGGCUUUGUGUAUAUCUUAGAAUGCAAAGUUAAUAAAGUGU